GUUUUUUUUCACUGGGAGUCGGAGGAAAGUUGAGGGAGGAGCGGGGAAAAGAGAGAGAGAGAGAGAGAAGGAGCGAGCCGAGCAAAGAGGACAAAAGGCGGAAUAAAAGGUGCCGUAGUCUGAGGAAGCAACCUGGAGGCCAAGACUGAGGAUGCCGUGAUUUUAAUUUGUAACCUGGUAGAAGGAAUAUUGUGAAGGCUCAAAAAAGAAUACUUGCUCAUGCAGCUUCAUAGGUUUGAGGUGUCCUUUUGCUAAAACAGAAGAGGUCAUCUUUUGAAUCAGUUCGUUGCUGCUUGCAGCUGCUGACCUUGCUUUGGAAACAAACUCCUGCAUGCUUGUGUUUGUGCCAUUAAUUUUUUCAGAAUGACGAUGGCAAGCUUGUUCUCAUUUACCAGCCCAGCUGUAAAACGCCUGUUGGGCUGGAAGCAAGGGGAUGAGGAAGAGAAAUGGGCAGAGAAAGCAGUUGAUGCUUUAGUAAAAAAGUUGAAGAAGAAAAAGGGGGCCAUGGAGGAUUUGGAAAAGGCAUUGAGCAGCCCUGGUCAGCCCAGCAGAUGUGUUACCAUCCCACGAUCUUUAGAUGGGCGGCUUCAGGUAUCGCAUAGGAAAGGCCUGCCCCAUGUUAUUUACUGCCGGGUGUGGCGCUGGCCUGAUCUUCAAAGUCAUCAUGAGCUGAAGCCAUUAGACAUAUGCGAAUUUCCAUUUGGAUCGAAACAGAAGGAAGUUUGCAUCAAUCCUUAUCAUUAUAAGCGAGUGGAAAGUCCCGUUCUGCCUCCAGUUUUGGUUCCAAGACACAGUGAAUUUAACCCACAGCACAGCCUUCUAGUCCAGUUCAGGAAUUUGAGUCAUAAUGAACCCCAUAUGCCACACAAUGCCACGUUUCCAGAUUCUUUCCAACAGCCAAAUAGCAAUCCAUUUCCUAUUUCACCAAAUAGCCCAUAUCCUCCAUCGCCUGCCAGCAGCACCUACCCCAGCUCUCCAGCCAGUUCUGGACCAAGCAGUCCUUUCCAGCUGCCAGCUGAUACGCCUCCACCUGCUUACAUGCCACCAGAAGAGCAGAUGAAUCAGGACAGUACACAACCUAUGGAUACUGGGAAUGUCAUGAUGACUUCCAGCAUACCCAAUCUGCCCAUUAUCUCCACCAGAGAUGUUCAACCUGUUGCUUAUGAAGAGCCUAAGCACUGGUGCUCCAUUGUGUACUAUGAGUUAAAUAAUAGAGUUGGAGAGGCCUUCCAUGCUUCCUCUACCAGUGUUUUAGUGGAUGGUUUUACUGAUCCAUCUAACAACAAAAACCGUUUCUGUCUUGGCCUUCUUUCCAACGUAAAUCGCAACUCCACCAUUGAGAACACCAGGCGGCACAUUGGUAAAGGUGUCCACCUAUACUAUGUGGGAGGUGAAGUCUAUGCUGAAUGCCUUAGUGACAGCAGCAUUUUUGUCCAAAGUAGAAAUUGCAAUUAUCACCAUGGCUUUCAUCCAACUACUGUUUGUAAAAUACCUAGUGGUUGCAGCUUAAAGAUAUUUAACAACCAAGAGUUUGCCCAGCUUCUAGCUCAGUCUGUAAAUCAUGGCUUUGAAGCAGUCUAUGAACUCACCAAAAUGUGCACCAUUCGCAUGAGCUUUGUUAAGGGCUGGGGUGCAGAAUAUCACCGACAAGAUGUAACUAGCACACCAUGUUGGAUAGAAAUUCAUCUUCAUGGUCCACUUCAGUGGCUGGACAAAGUUCUUACCCAGAUGGGCUCUCCUCAUAAUCCUAUCUCAUCUGUAUCUUAACAGUAAAAUAUGAUCUACAGGCUGUGGAAAACACCAGAGGGGGGAUCUUUAUUUAAACUGGACACUGUGAAAGAUAUACUGGACGAAGAGCAGUUCAAAAAAAAAACUUCAAAUGGCAAUCUUUCAGAUUUUAUGAUCGAUCAUCGAUUGCUUCACCAUACUCUCUAAUUAUAUAUUGAGUUGUAUUUAUAGUUUUUUGUCAUCUGCUUAUAUGUAGCUGCUAACAUUACAAAACCAUUGAUGGAUGUCUUUAGAAUCUGUGAUACUUUCAAACUGAUUUGAAUGCUUCCAACAUUUUGCUUUGGUGUGAAGUCCAACUAUAUUGAAUGAGCUGUUACGAACAUUUUUAGGUGGCUAAUUGUGGGCAGGAAAACUAGAAUCUUAAAUUGUAGCACGAUGAUGCUAAUGAGAUGUUUCUUUUCUUACAUCUUACAAAAAUGUAUUUUUUUUAAACUGUUCUUGUCAUGAACAUUACUAUUCCAGGGAAACUAAGCAUUAGUGAAGUUUCUGAUCAAAAAGCUUAUCAGUUCAGAACAUGGUUUCUCACUUUUGUCUUGAUGAACACGGCCAUUUUCUCAGAAAUGCAGUAAUCUGAACCUGUUCUGAGCAUUUUUUUUGGAACAUUGUGCUGUCUGUGUUUGUAGAAAAGCAUUGCUGUUUGUCAUCUUAUAGAUGUAAAUUGCAUUAAGUAUUGGAACAAGUCUUAAGUUUUGUAUUAUAUAUUCCUCAUGAGUUUCUUCAAAUUGUAUGAUAGUAAGUAGAAUUCAUUGGUCAAUAGGCUUCAUAAUGAGCCUAUCUGUAGCUAAUGAUAAUCUAUUUGUGCUACUGUAGGACUUAAUUGAUCCUUAGAGCAAGAAAACUGCUGGUGGACCUAAGAAUACAGUUUAUAGUGCAGUGUGUGUUCAUUGCAUCAUGACUAUCUAUAAAUGCAAGCAUUUCUGCUGCUGUGCAGAUGCAGCCAGCUUUCAAACUUGCAUGCAUUAAAAGCUUUAAGUUUUUGUUUUAAUACAUUUCUUUACCUGCCUAUUCCUAACAAUAGAGAAUGUAAGAUAAAAUUGACUUUAGUGUAGAUCAAUAGCUUAAGUCAAAUGAGCAGCAGCCUAAUUUGGAGUUCAUUCUGUACCAAAUAAGACAAUGUUAUUUGCUUCUUUUUGUAAUGCCUGAGUACCUGAUAAUUACAUGAACUGUAGGUUAGGAAAGUGGGAUUGUAAUCUGGUAUGUAUAUAUUAAUUUGCCAAGAUAAUCUGGAGUAAGACUGCAUUAUAAAUACUCAUCACUUUGACAUUUGGAAGAGAUAUUUCACUAAAAAGCAGCAAAAAAAAAAGAAAUGGAAAGUAUCUUGUUGCAAGCUAGGGCAUUCCUUUCACAAGUAGUAUUUCCCAUAGAUUAUUGCUGCAGGCAGGAACUCAGCAUAAAGUUUGUAUCUGUUGGGUGCUUGGAUCUUUGUGGAACCAGGAGUACCUCUUUUUAAGUUGUCUGAAUCAUGUUUUGCUCUCUCAUUUUUCCUUUCGAGGUGCUUGAAUUAUCAGCAUUAACGGCAGUGAAAAUGCCAACUGCAUAACAUAAACUGGUAAAUCCUGCAUAAUGGGGCUAUGCAUUGUGUAUUUGUAUACUAAAUAGUGGCAGUUGUAUUUUUAUUUACUGUAUUUCAAUAAUUAUGUUUAGGUUAUGUUCAGGAAUUGCAAAAUGCUUUCUAAACCACAAACCCUUGGACAAAAUUGUUUGGUUCAGAAGGGACUUGGUAACUUUGUGAAAUAUAUUGGGAAUUGUCCAUGUAUCUCUUAAGGUGUUCUCCAUUUUUUUUGGACAUCCACAUUUGUUAAGCAAAUGCUGAAUAGAAUCUAACAGUACUAAUAUAAAAUACUGUUUGUUGAAUAAUGAAUUGGAGGAUGUGACAUUCUGUUCUUGUAAAGUUAGCUUUUUUGUUUAAUGAUGGAAAUAUGAAAAAUGGUCAUUAAUAGCUGGAAAGUAAAUGCUAAAAGUAUUUAAGUGCACCUUUCAUUUCACCCCACACCCUUGCUUAAUAAAUUGCAAUUUGUUAGAAGCUAGGGGGAUAAGUGAGAUUGACCAUAUCCUAAUUAAAAGAGGAUUUUGCCAUUCUUUGCUAACUUUUCAUUUUUGAUGUCUGAACUUGUUUGGCAGUGCUAAUUGCUUUGCUUAUUCAUGAACAUCUGCAUUUUUAUAUUUGUGAAUGUCAUUGCUUACUCUUUUACGCACACGCACAGUGGGAAGGUUUGAACAUUGAGUCCACAGAGCAUGGAUAUUUCUGUGUACUGCCAAAUUUCUCAAAUAAAGACAAUGUCUAUUAAUGAUAUCGUUA